AUGCUUCGUAAUUUCAGAAUAAGGCCAACAACAAUCAGAUCAUCAAUACGUUGUUUAGCAACUACAGCAGAUCCAGCUGCAAAUCCAAAUAGAGUACAUGGAGGAUUGAAAGAUCAAGAUCGUAUUUUUCAAAAUGUUUAUGGUAAUUAUGGUCAUGAUUUAAAAUCAGCUCAAAAAAUGGGUGAUUGGUACAAGACAAAAGAAAUAAUAUUAAAAGGUGAUAAAUGGAUCAUAGAUGAAAUGAAAAAAUCAGGUUUAAGAGGCAGAGGUGGUGCAGGUUUUCCAUCAGGUUUAAAAUGGUCAUUCAUGAAUCCACCUGGAUGGGAAAAAAACCCAGGACCAAGAUAUUUAGUUGUCAAUGCAGAUGAAGGAGAACCAGGAACUUGUAAAGAUAGAGAAAUUAUCAGAAAAGAUCCACAUAAAUUAGUUGAAGGAUGUUUAUUAGCAGGUAGAGCAAUGAAUGCAACUGCUGCAUAUAUUUAUAUUAGAGGAGAAUUUUAUAAUGAAACUGUUAUAUUACAAAAUGCAAUUAAUGAAGCUUAUAAAGCUGGAUUAAUUGGUAAAAAUGCUUGUGGAUCAGGUUAUGAUUUUGAUAUAUAUAUUCAUAGAGGUAUGGGAGCUUAUGUGUGUGGUGAAGAAACUGCUUUAAUUGAAUCAAUUGAAGGUAAAGCUGGUAAACCAAGAUUAAAACCACCAUUCCCAGCAGGUGUUGGUUUAUUUGGUAGACCAACUACAGUUGCAAAUGUUGAAAGUGUAUCUGUAGCACCAACAAUUUUAAGAAGAGGUGGAGAAUGGUUUGAUUCAUUUGGUAGAGAAAGAAAUUCAGGUACUAAAUUAUUUUGUAUAUCGGGACAUGUUAAUGAACCAUGUACAGUUGAAGAAGAAAUGUCGAUACCAUUAAAAGAAUUAUUAGAAAAACAUUGUGGAGGUGUCAAAGGUGGUUGGGAUAAUUUGUUAGGUGUCAUUCCAGGUGGAUCAUCAGUUCCAAUUAUGCCAAAAGAUACUUGUGAUAAUAUAUUAAUGGAUUAUGAUGCAUUAAGAGAUGUUGGAUCUGGUUUAGGUACUGCAGCAGUUAUUGUAAUGAAUAAACAAACAGAUAUAAUAAGAGCUAUUCAAAGAUUUGCACAUUUUUAUAAACAUGAAUCAUGUGGUCAAUGUACACCAUGUAGAGAAGGUACAACUUGGAUGCAAAGGAUGAUGGAUAGAUUCCAAACAGGUCAAGCAACUCCAAGAGAAAUUGAUAUGAUAUUUGAAUUAAGUAAAGAAAUUGAAGGUCAUACAAUUUGUGCUUUAGGUGAUGCAGCAGCAUGGCCAAUUCAAGGUUUAAUUAAAUCUUUUAAGCCAGUAAUGUUAGAUAGAAUGAAAGAAUAUCAAGAAAAACAUCAAGAUUUAGGUUCAGUAGGUUAUGGUGGAUGGGUAGAUAAUGGUAAAGUGAAAGAUGGUGUAGUUAUUGAUAAUCCAAUACCUCAUGGCCAUUAA